AUGGAUUUGCCUGGUAAGGAUACACUUACAGUGGAGGAACGUUCUUCGAACGUUGCCGAACUACUGAAAGUUUUGAUGGAUAUCAAUGUCAUCAAUGGUGGUAACAACGAUACAGCUGAAAAGAUGAAAGUUCAUGCGAAGAACUUCGAAAGAGCCCUAUUUGCGAAAUGUUCCUCCAGAAAAGAAUAUUUGGAUAGCAUGAAGGAGAAGGUUAAUGCGAUGCGUAACACUAGAGAUACUAGGAAGAAGCAGAUAAACUCGAACAAUAUGAAUUCUAAUGCAAGUGGAGUGCAAAACGUCAAUAAUAAUAAUCCGAACUAUCUUUCUAAUGCUAUGAAUAUGAACUCUCAGACAUUUUUGAACCAACAAGCUCAAGCUAGACAGCAAGCUGCCCAACAGCUAAAAGAUAGGCAACAGCAGGCUGCGGCUGCGGCUGUAGCUGCACAACAACAGGCCCAUAUACAGCAACAAGGUAAGACACAGCUAACACCACAACAACAGCAACUCAUUAACCAAAUGAAGAUUGCUCUGAUCCCAAGAGAGUUACUACAACGAAUCCCAAACAUACCAAAAGGUGUGAAUACAUGGCAACAAAUUACAGAACUGGCGCAGCAGAAACGUUUAACUCCACACGAUAUGCAAGUUGCAAAAGAGGUUUAUAAAAUCCAUCAACAGUUAUUAUAUAAAUCAAAGCUACAGCAGCACGCAACUGCUGUGAAUCAGCAACAGCAGCAGCAGCAACAGCAGCAACAGCAGCAACCACAGCAACAAAAUGAUAUGUCUGGAACAAUGAAUAACAAUAAUGCCACUAAUACCAAUAGUGCAAAUAAUAAUAUGAAUAAUAGGAAUCCGAACGAACUACCAAAUGUUCUAGGACAAAUAAACCAAUUGUUUAGUCAGGACGAACAAAGGGCUCUUUUACAGGAAGCUAUUGAAGCUUGUAAAAGUUUCCAAAAAACUCAAUAUGGCAGUAAUAUGACCGACGCUAAUAAGCAAAAUUUUAUAAGAAAAUAUAUUAAUCAAAAGGCAUUGAAAAAGAUACAGAGCAUUAGAAUGGCUCAAGCUGCUGCUGUAAAUGCAAAUAAACUCCAGCAGCAACAAACACAAAUACCACAGCAGAUGGCACCACAAAUGCCGUCACAAAUUCCACCCCAGAUGCUUCCUCAAGUUCAAACGCAGAGAGCAGCUGCCAAUACUAAUAUUCCUCCAAAUAUGUCUCAAGCACAGAUUCAAGCACAAGCUCAGCAAGCAAGAAUAAACACUCAACAACAGCAACAGCAACAGCAACAGCAACAGCAACAUCAACAGCAACAGCAACAUCAACAACAACAUCAACAUCAACAUCAACAGCAACAGCAACAACAACAACAGCAACAACAACAGCAACAACAGCAGAUGCGUCCAAAAAGCGCUGCUGCAAUCAUGCAGUUACUACAACCAACGCAAAGAGAUGUAGAAAUUGUUAAGAAGAUAUCUAGCGAUGCUGCAAGAACUCCAUUGAGGCUUUCUGAUCUAACUAGUACGAUUCCCCCUAAUGAGAGAGAGGAAAUCAAAAGAAAACUACAGGCAAACCAACAAUUGUUCGCUCAAGUCUCAAGCUAUGCCCCACAAGUUUACGUUUUCACGAAAAGUGAAGCCUUUUUGAAAGAAGUAUUGAAGUUACGUAUUUUUGUUAAAGAAAUCCUGGAGAAAUGUUCUAAAGGUAUCUUCGUUGUAAAAUUGGAUACCGUUGAUAAAUUAAUUAUGAAAUACCAGAAAUAUUGGGAUAGUAUGAAAAUCCAAAUAAUAAGAAGGCAACAGUUGAUUCAACAACAACAGCAAGAGUUGCAAGGUGGAAACAGUCUUCCUAUGGCCAAUAAUAACAAUACUAUCAAUGACAAUAAGCCAUUAUCACAACAGCAACGUGUACAAGGUUCGAUGCAGCAGUUGCAACAGAACCGAGAACAGCAACAGCAACCACCACAACAGUGGCCACCAGUUCCUGUCCAAGAGCAAAACACACCUGCAUUCUCACCACCGCCACCUACUAGAAAGAACGCUCCUGAUAUGAUGAGUGACAAACAACAACCGCUCUACAUGCCACAGAAGGAGAUGAAUCAGCCAUCAAAUAUUGUGUCUGCUGGACCAGCCAGCGCGGCCUCCUUUACACAACCUAAGAAAGAACUUACGGGCAAGGCUACUAAUCGUUCGAAGUCAACUAGUAAAAAAGUAUCUCCAGCCAAUGUAUCGCCAUUGAGUAAUGGGAAAUCGAUGACACCAACGAUUAAUUAUAAUGGGUUAUCACCAGCUGUGAAUAAUAAUCUUAAGUCAACACAAAAAUCUCCAUCUCCAUUAACUGUAGAUAACAAUUCAACACAAGACAAUGCAUUCAAGAAGGAAGAGGACCAUUUACAAGCUUUGAAUUCCAAAAAAUUGGAGGUUAUAUCGAGGUUUAAACAUAGGCAAGAAAUAUUUUCGAAUUCUUCAAUGGAUUUAUUUUUAUUCUCUUUGGCGGAUGCAAUGAAUUUGAAUGAAUUAGAAAUUGAACAACCGAUUUUGAAAUUCAAUCAAUCAUUUAUUGAUUCGACUAAUGGUAAGAAGAAGAGAAAGAUGAGUAAAGUCGCUCAAAGAGCUCGUGAACGUGAUGUUGUUGAGUUAUCUAUUGUAGAUUCCAAGUUAUUAAUGAAGAGUAAAAGAGAUCAAAAUGCUAAAAAUGAUUAUGGCAUUAAGUUGAGUUGUAUUGGUUCAAUUUUCAAGAAAUUGGAAAAUAAUAAUAUUAUUGGUGAAUUAAAUAAUUUCCAAACGCCAAAGACUUAUACUGCGAUUAGCAAUAAUAAGAGACAAUUUUCUGAAAUUACUCCUGAGGAGGACGUCGAGACGAAGAAAAUUAAACUUGAUCAUCCUGUGGAGGAUAAUAAAGGACUUGUUGACGUUUGGAACUGGGAUUUUUGGUCAAAUGACUAG